AGUACGGAGAUCAUCCCCAUCCUAGGGAGAGAGAUAGCAGAACCGUAGUAGAGGGGGAGGCAAGAAGCUGCAUUUUACCGUGAGAGGAUACUGUCAAAAUAUAAUAAAUGAAGGUGCACACAAAAAUCAAAUAAUCGUCGGCGCAAAUCAUUAUAACAACCAGAGAAAAACGUAGAACAGAAGAAAGACGUUUUGCAAGGGAUUUUCCGAUUGUUUCAGCACACACUGACAAAGAAUACGCUAUUUUACAAAGAUGGGUAACCGAGGGAUGGAAGAUCUAAUUCCCCUGGUAAAUAAACUCCAGGAUGCCUUUUCUGCAAUCGGACAAAACGCCAAUCUGGAUCUCCCCCAGAUUGCGGUGGUUGGGGGUCAAAGUGCUGGCAAAAGCUCCGUCCUGGAGAACUUCGUUGGGAAGGACUUCCUUCCCCGUGGAUCUGGCAUCGUCACCCGACGUCCUCUUGUUCUGCAGCUCAUUAACUGUCCCACAGAAUAUGCGGAGUUCCUGCACUGUAAAGGGAAGAAGUUUGUUGAUUUUGAGGAGGUCCGGAUGGAGAUUGAGGCAGAGACUGACCGCAUCACUGGGAGCAACAAAGGGAUCUCCUCCAUCCCCAUCAAUCUGCGGGUCUCCUCACCCCACGUCCUGAACCUGACCCUAGUGGAUCUCCCUGGGAUGACAAAGGUGCCGGUGGGCGACCAGCCGGCCGACAUUGAGCACCAGAUCAGGGAUAUGAUCAUGCAGUUCGUCACCAAGGAAAACUGCCUCUGCCUCGCUGUGUCUCCCGCCAACUCGGAUCUUGCCAACUCGGAUGCUCUCAAGAUUGCCAAAGAAGUUGACCCACAAGGUCAGCGCACCAUUGGUGUCAUCACCAAACUGGAUCUGAUGGACGAGGGCACAGAUGCUCGAGACAUCCUGGAGAACAAGCUGCUCCCACUGCGAAGAGGGUACAUUGGCGUGGUGAACCGCAGUCAGAAGGACAUUGAUGGGAGAAAGGAUAUCCAGGCGGCACUGUCAGCGGAGAGGAAGUUCUUCCUGUCCCACCCAAGUUACCGACACAUGGCCGAUCGCAUGGGCACCCCUUAUCUUCAGAAAGUGCUCAACCAGCAACUGACCAAUCAUAUUCGGGACACGCUGCCCGGACUGCGCAACAAGCUGCAGAGCCAGCUGCUGUCCAUCGAGAAGGAAGUGGAGGAGUACAAGAACUUCCUCCCAGAUGACCCCUCGCGCAAGACCAAGGCACUGCUGCAGAUGGUGCAGCAGUUUGCGGUGGAUUUUGAGAAGAGAAUCGAGGGAUCAGGAGAUCAGAUCGACACCUAUGAGCUUUCAGGGGGAGCCCGGAUCAACCGCAUCUUCCAUGAGCGAUUCCCCUUUGAGCUGGUCAAGAUGGAGUUUAAUGAGAAGGAGCUGCGCAGGGAGAUCAGCUACGCCAUUAAGAACAUCCACGGUAUCAGAACCGGCCUCUUCACUCCAGACAUGGCCUUUGAGACCAUUGUGAAAAAACAGAUUAAGAAGAUAAAAGAGCCUUGCCAGAAAUGUGUGGACAUGGUCAUUUCUGAGCUAGUCGAUACCGUUAGGCAGUGUACCAAGAAGCUGGGGCAGUACCCCCACCUUCGAGAAGAGAUGGAGCGCAUUGUCACCACGCACAUCCGAGACCGCGAGAGCAGAACCAAAAACCAGGUGAUGUUGCUGAUAGAUAUUGAACUGGCUUACAUGAACACAAACCAUGAGGAUUUCAUUGGAUUUGCCAAUGCCCAACAGAGGAGCAGCCAGAUGAGCAAGAAGAAGGCAGCCGGCAAUCAGGAUGAAAUCAUGGUGAUCAGGAAAGGCUGGCUUACCAUUAACAACAUUGGCAUCAUGAAGGGAGGUGCCAAGGAGUACUGGUUUGUGCUGACGGCCGAGACUCUAUCCUGGUACAAGGAUGAUGAGGAGAAAGAGAAGAAGUACAUGCUCCCUGUGGAUAACCUGAAGCUGAGAGAUGUUGAGAAGGGAUUCAUGUCCAGCAAGCACAUCUUUGCUCUCUUCAACACGGAGCAGAGGAACGUGUACAAGGACUACCGGCAGCUGGAGCUGGCCUGCGAGACCCAGGAGGACAUUGACAGCUGGAAGGCCUCGUUCCUUCGCGCCGGGGUCUAUCCGGAGCGCAUCACGGAUAAGGAUAAACAAACCGAGUCGGAGGAGAACGACUCGGACAGCUUCAUGCACUCCAUGGACCCCCAGCUGGAGCGCCAGGUCGAGACCAUCCGCAACCUGGUGGACUCCUACAUGGGCAUUGUGAACAAGACUGUGCGGGACCUCAUGCCCAAGACCAUCAUGCACCUCAUGAUCAACAGUACCAAGGAGUUUAUACACGCUGAGCUGCUGGCUUCCCUGUAUUCCUGCGGAGACCAGAACACUCUGAUGGAGGAGUCAGCCGAGCAGGCCCAGCACCGUGACGAGAUGCUGCGCAUGUACCACGCUCUGCGGGAGGCGCUGAGCAUCAUUGGGGAUAUCAACACCACCACCACCAGCACCCCCACACCCCCGCCCGUCGACGACUCCUGGCUGCAGGUGCAGUCGCAGCAGUCUGGCAGGAGGUCUCCCGCCUCCAGCCCCACUCCACAGAGGAGAGCCCCAGCGGUGCCCCCUACCCGGGCUGGCUCCAGAGGCCCUGCCCCCGGACCACCCCCCGCGGGGGCCCCACCUGUCCCCUCCCGCCCCGGAGCGUCCCCUGACCCCUUUGGUGGCCCCCCUCCUCAAGUCCCCUCACGACCCAACCGGGCUCCCCCCGGCGUCCCUAGAAUUAUUAUCCGUGACCCAUGAGGACUAACGCUAAUGCCGGAGGGCCCCUGCAUCACCUACCCAACCCACAGUUUCCCGGACAACAGAGCCCCCCCUCUUAGACCUCUAACUGCUGGCAUCCGCCUGUCCCCUAUGGGCUGCAAUAGAUGCCCUUAGCCCUACGCCCUGACUGUGAUGUGCAGUUCAACCCACCUCCCCUUUCCCCAGCACACACAAACGAACAAGUGUGAUACAUUCCCGUCUAGUGUAGAGUAGAUAGUGUUUACAGUGUGUCUCCUGAUACAGUCUAGUAUUUGUAUUUUGUAGAGUAGAUUAAAUGACUCCUAUCUAAUGAAAAAAGUGUAGUGUGAAUUACAUCCAGACUAUAUCUAUAUCUAUAUAUAUAUUAUAUAAUGAUGCAUCUUUAUGUGUCUAUAAUUCCAAGGGCACCUACUCUGUCUGUAUGCCCACAGGCGAGCUGUGAUGAAGGUCCAGUUAGGUCAGUAUGUCCACACAUGGACUGGGCAUAUCGAGUGGAAUGUUACUCGAGCUUGUGUCGGAGUAGAUAGCUUUUCAGAACGACUGUGUCAACAACUGAAAAACAAAAUGCUAAAUAAAUACAUUUAAAAAUGUAACUCAUUCUGUGUUUGUAUUGUCCAGUUUUAAAAGCAACAAAUUGUGUACUGUAUAUCAUUCUCUUGGGAAUUGUGCAAUUAAGUUGUGUGUGAGGGUGUACUCACUCUUUACAGCUAUCUGUGUGACAGACUCUUCCCCACUUGCCUGGCUCAUUUAUUGAAGUUUAAAGUAAUGCAGACUCUGCAUGCUUGCAUUUGAGAGUAAUGGCUGACAGUAAUUUCAUUCUCUAGCUCUACAACCAAGCUUAAACUCAAUUGUGUUCGAUCCCUUUAGAAUCUGUUUUUGUCUUAAUCUCUUUGUUUUCCCAACCCAAAGAUGCAGUGUUUCCUUUAUAUAAUAAUAAUAAUAAUAAUAAUAAUAAUAAUCUUUAUUUUUAAUAUAGCGCCUUUCAUGAUAAAAAUUGCUGCAAAACGCUUCACAUGAAUAAAACAUUGACAAAUAUUAAUAAAAGAAUGCAAGAAGAACAAUAAAAACAAAAGAAACACAUAGAACAAUAAAACAAGGCAGAGAAUAAAAGGAGCAUCAUUUUAGCAUAAAAAACGCUCCAUUGUAAAAGUGUGUUUUUAAUCUUGAUUUAAAAGCAGUGACACUUGGUGCUUCCCUUACAGAGUUAGGCAGAUCAUUCCACAGUUUUGGAGCCCUAUAACUGAAUGCUCUCCCACCUGUGUUUUUUGUGGGACAGAAGCAACCUGGCAUUCUGUGAUCUGAGUGGGCAUCUAGGAAUAUAUUUAAAUACGAUGGUGCAAGGUCAUUUAAUGCCUUAUACAUUAAAAGCAACACCUUAAAAUCUAUCCUGAAUCCAUCAAGGAGUAAAUCAGACGUAUUACCUUGUUGCUUCUGAGAUCCCAGAAUCAUCACUUCUGUUUUAUCUGAGUUCAGCAUUAAAAAGUUUUCUUCAUGUCAGCAAGACAGGUACUCAAAAUAUUUAGAGCCGAGGUGUCACCCUGUUUCAAGGAUAAAUAUAGCUGUGUAACAAUGAGAAUGAGCCCCAUAGCAACGAAUGAUAUUACACAGGCAGCAUAUACAAAGAGAACAGAGUUGGGCUCUGUGGGACCGUGCAUGUAACCUUUGACAAAAAGAGGUCUCCUCUAUUUUAACAAAUUGCAACCUGUUCGAGAGAUAGGAUCGAAACCAAGACAAAACACAACCUGACAGUCCUACUAGAUUUUCAAGAACUGCAGGAAAUUUGUUAAGUUGCUUGGCAACUACACUUUCUAAAACUGUAGACUGAAAUGGAAGAUUUGAAAUAGAGCUGUAGUUAUUAAGAACAUUGUGAUCUAAGGAAGAUUUCUUGAGCAGUGGUUAUACUAGUGCAGUCUUGAAAGAGUUAGGAACAAUACUUGAUAAAAGGGAGCUAUUAAUAAUAUUUAAUGCCUUGUUAUUUAUUUUGGAGAAUAUUUCUUUAAAAAGUGGAGUAGGGAUAGGAUCUAACACACAUGUAGUGGAUUUCAUCUUCUUAACUAUUAGCCAGAUCCAUUUGACUGGUCGAACAAAAAUGCUCGAACAUGUGGAUUGGUGUCAGGCAGUAGCAUAGUUUGAUGACACAUCUAGAUUUGAUACGCGGUUGAAUAUCUGAUUCCUAAUGUCAUAAACAGAUAUGGGCAAAAGUUUAUUUUUUCUUCUUAAUGUCGAAUGAAACUUGCUGAAUAAUGUCACCUUAACAUUUAAUUACAUACCGCUUUUUGUAGUUUUCAGUAUACUUAAUGAAAAACUGACAAAUUGAAAAAUGAGGACAUUUUGAACUCUAACGUCACAUACUGUACUAUUAUCAUGGCUUCCAGUCGACUUUUGCAAUAUCAUUUUGUAGUUUCUUUGAUUACAUGAUCUUAAAUAAAAGAUCUAAAUAUGUUCAUAUAAUUUUUUUUUAAAAUUAUGGCCAUAGUGAGAGAAAGAGAAAUAGAUACACAACCUCCAAUAGGAAACAUGGCAGGUAGCAUCUCUACUGCGAAUUACAGAAUUAUGGUGGUGGUCUUCUACCCAGCAGUAUCUGUGAAUAAGCAUAUGUUUACUCAUUUUGAUAACCCAGCUUUAUAAGCUUCAGCACAAAUGUGCACAUCCUCUCCAUCACUUGCAACUAUACAUAUACAUGAACAGGCUUUAUUUUUUCUUCCAAACCAUGUUUUGGAAUAGUGAAUAGUAAAAUGUGUCUUUUUCACACCCUAGACUACCUAACUGACUUAUACAGGAAUAGAGUACAGAUAUACGUAUUGGUACUGUAUAUUAGAUAGAUGAGUUUACUUGUCCUCUGUUUUAAGUGGAGUUAUCUUUCCUAUACUACUAGAGCGCUACUGCAGUUUUUGGUUCUCUUUUCUACACCUGUAUACAGCUCUGCAGUGUUAAAGACGUAUGGCUGAUUUCACAGACCUUGAUCAGCACUAAUCUUGCACUACCUAUUGUAAUGUCAACUUAGGUAAGCCUGUCCGAGAUGCUUAUCAGGAUCUGUGAACCAGCCAUACUUUUUCUGAAUUGCAGUUGAUAUUUAGUUAGAAUGAGCACUCUAAAGUUAAACAUGCAAUAAUUCUACACACAGCCCAAUACGACCAGUUAAACCAGUGGCUUCAAGUCCCGACAGUUCUGGAUGUGUCCUUUGGACUGCUAUUUGGGAUAUAAGCAAAAGGAAUACUGCAUCUUUGUAUUUUAUAACAAUCCUUUGUUAUGCCCUGUCCUUAAUUCACAUACCAGCAAAUUAAACUAAAUCACCCCAAUGGCACUAACUUAUACCCUUUGUAAAGACACUACCAACCAAAAACAGACAAAUCCAGUUGCUUGUGUAGCCAAACCGACGAAGGGUUAGAAAAAGUGGUCUAGCGGCUCCCGAGUGGCGCAUCCCGUACAGGCAGUCCACCUGGAGUGCAUGAUGCGCCCUAUAGUUUGGAGAGCGCCUGUUCGAAUGCAGGCUAUGCCACGUGGCCGGGAGUUCCCAGUGGGCGGCGCACAAUUGGCCAAGCACUGCCUAGGCGGGGAGGGUUAGGUCGGCUAGGGAAUCCUUGGCUCACCAUGCAUCAGCGACCCCUGUGACUGUCCAGGCGCCUGCAGGCCUGCCUGUGUGCAAUUUAGAACUGCAUGGUCCUCCAACGCUGUAGUUCUGUAAUGGCUUUGUCUUCAUCUCUCCCAAGUUAGUGCAAUGAGAUGGGUUGAAUAAUUGGGCAUUCCAAAUUGGGAGAAAAUCGGGGGUAAAAUAAUUGGCGAUUCCAAAUUUGUCAAAAAAAAAAAAGAAAAAGUGGUCUACUGGUAUGUCAAAUCAGCAACAAGUGAGCAACAGUUGCAUUGAGUAAUAUUGCAUUAAAUAAAAAUGCAUUGAGUAAAAUUGCUCCCAAUUACAAAACAACAAUGUAACAGUUCAAGACAAUAACAUUCCUUCUAUCUUUUAUUUCUCAAAUGUAUAUCAACGGAACAGAAUUAAACUGUUUAAUCUAAAAGCACCCUCUAAAAAUGUCUCUACAGAGAUAUUUAAAACAUUGAAAAUGUCUGCUGGCAGUGCUGAUAUUAAGGACACUUAUUUUUUAUUUCUUUUUUUGCACCAAUUGUCUUUAUUUCUUCCUGCUUCUCUUUUACUGUGUUCUUUUUUCUCUUUUUUCUUUUCUCCUUUCCUCUUGUUUUUUUUCUUGUUUCCAGUCGACCGAGCAAGGGCAGCCCAUCCCGCCCAGAGAGCCCCCUGCCUCCACUCGAGUCUUAAUGCAGCUCCGCCCCCCCGCCCUGUCUCUCUCUCUGCCUCUGUCUCUCCAUGCAGAAAGGGGGCGGCACCACCAACUACCAGCCUAGCGGAGUGCUUUCAGCUCACCCUGCGACUUAUCCUGGGUCCUUUUCAGUGAUGCACCAGCCCUUGACACAUUUCUAAAUAAAACGUAGUUAAAAAAAAAAAAAAAACAUGCUGAAGCUUCAAGCUGGACACCACUGACAAGGAAGCGAUUUCUUUCACCACACAGGAAAUGUAAUUUUGGACGGCAGGACUGUGUUAUUUGUGUAGGUGCUGGGAUCUGUUUUGUGGAAGUGUUGUACAUUUAUAACAAUUUAUGUAACCUUAUCAUACUGUCUCUUAAUACUGUAUCAUUGCCUUUGCACAAAGAGACCCCACAGGUCAAUCUUAAAACUGCUUUAACCCUAUGUGUGUGAUCCAAACCAGCCGAUCAACAAAUCAGCUGCAUUCCUCCUGUUAGGAGAAUGGUAGACUGAAUGAAAUACCAGAUUUAAAUAAAAUGCACAAUAUAUAUCUAGAUCAUCAAAUCUAGAAUCUAGCAGUCUAACAAAGGGUUAAGGUGAUGGUAUGGUAGGCUUGGGCAAUACUAACUGUACAAGGUUUUUAUUCAGCUGCUUUCAUGGCAUGGCUGUCAAAUGCUUGGGGACCAUUUUAAUCUCCCAGUGUGAUGUUCUCUGAAAACCGUAUGAUUCAAUGUUCACAGAGGCAGAAAGAUUUUAAGAUUAAGUAUGUAAAAUACAAGAAACUUUUAAUCCACUUUUCUUUAGCAGCGUUAAUUAAAUUAGAAAUGAAAUGCUUGGUUAUCGCUAAACAACCACAUGAUAUCCAUCAAAUGUGGCUUUGAUUUUAAAACAAACUACAGUACUAUCAUUAGACGGCACAAGAAGGUAAUACUAAGUGUUAUUAUUAAAGAAAGAAGCCACAAUGAUUGGUAAUGGUUUUAAAGGUUUUUUGCACUAACCUUCAAAAAGCACGGGUUAUUAUUAUUUUAAAUGCAUUUAAAAAGCAGCACACUCCCAGCCCCUCACAAUGUGGGAUUUUCACCACCUGACGUACCUUAGUCUGACCUAUCGUAGUGAGUACAAACAGGAGCUCAAAGGACAGCAUGGGCCAUCCGGUGGGAACAUCCUAAAUCACACUGGAAUAUCAACAGCCUCAGCCAAGAACACUUUUACUAAUGCCUCAAACACAUAUCAGCUAUCAGCCAUAAACAUCUGCAAACAUAUAAUACCUUGCCUUCAUAUAAAGCAUUUGGUCCUCAUUUAAAAAAAAUUAUAAUAAUAACAACACUCUCCCGUCCUGUAAAGUGUCAUGAACUAUGUGAAAUACUGUUAACAAAUAAGCCCUCAAAUUAUCACUGCACAAUCUCUCACGUUUGAAGGUUUAAAUGAUCACUAUUGGAGUUUUGACUUGGCCCCUAAAGUUUAUGAGUUGAACAAACCAGCAUGUCUUGUUAACUGUUGUACCCAUGUACCCUAUUCCCCUUCCAAACUUAGAAACAACGUAAACGUAUUUUAACAAGGACAGAUCUUAAUUGUGUUACGUAUCUUUGUGGUGCAUUUAUGGGCAUUGUGCUUCCAUUGUUUAGAGUUUAGUAAUAUAUAAGAAUAAUGAUCAUAAUGAAGUGAUUGUGUUGAAUUAAAUAAAAAACAGAAUAAAAAACUACUCGUUAUAUAAAAUGUGGGAUGACUUUUUAUUCUGGGUAUUGUAACUAUUGUUUCUGAUGAACUGCAGAGAUGUAAGGAGUUUGGAUUUCUGCUUAACGAAAGUGAAUUUGUGCUUCUCUGGUGCAGAAUGUGUACUGUGUCUUAUUGCUGCUGAUUAAAUGAUGUCUUUAAAACACGGAA